ACACAGAACGUUACGGCUGGGCACGCAGUUGGACCCGGCCUGGAUUGGGUUUUGGGGGCGUGCAUAGAAUGCAAUUGCUGCCAUGUGCCCGCUAAUUGCCAAGCUGCUAAAACGCAUGGACAACGGCUAAAAAGAGCCCCAAUCAAAAGCUACACAGAGAGGGAGAGAUUGAGUGAGAGAGAGAGAGAGAAGAGAGAGUGAGAAGAGAGAGUGAGAACCAGUUCAGUGAGAAUUCUUGUACUUAAGAAGCCAGAGUAUGAAGCAACUUUAUCUGAGCACCUUGCUCUGCCUGUGGUUCCACUCCAGUGGCUCCAGUGGCGAUAGUCUCUAUGGCCUGCACACGGAUGAGCUGGUAGCGGGCGAAGGACAGCUGGUUGUGCCGCGGCGUGUACACAUUGAUGGCGCCUUCAUGACGCACACGCUCCAUUACGCCCACCAGCAAGAUCAUCGACGGCAGCGCCGCAGCGCUGUGGCACAGCCCGAGCUGGAGCCGGAGCUGCAUAUCGAACUGCCGCUGCGCGACGAGACGCUGCAUCUGGAGCUGACGCCACAGAGCUAUUUCCUGGCGCCGCAUCUGAUUGUAGAGCGACAUCGACGGGAUCUGAGAACCCGUGCGCCGCCGGCAGCGCAUCAGCUGAAUUGCCAUUUUCAUGGCAAGGUGCGCGGUCAACCCAGCGCCAAUGUGGCCAUAUCAACCUGUUCCGGUCUGGUGGGUCACAUUAAGACGGCAAGCAAUGAGUAUUACAUAGAGCCCUCCAAGCAACAUGCGGCACAUCCAACCAACGGUCAUCCGCAUGUUGUCUUCCAGCGCUCCUCGGUGAAGCCCAAGCAGAAGGCGGGACAGCAUUGGCGUCGCCACAAGCACAAGCAGCGCAAGGAGCACCGUAACCAUAAUUACAGCUACAACCACAUCCAGAGCCCAAGUCAUGGCCAAAAUGCAGUUAGCAAUUGUGGGACAAGGGAGCCGCGACGUCGCAUGGAGACACGUCUGGAGUGGCAGGCGCGUGGCAAAUUUAAAAUACAAGGCGGUCGCAAGGUGCGUCGCCAUCGUCAUCAUUACCAUAACCAUAACCAUCAUCAUCAUCACCAUCAUCAUCAACAUUCACAUUCACAUCCUCAUCCACAUCCUCAUUCACAUCAACAUCGUGGGUAUUCGCAUACGCAUCCGCACACAAAAUUCAAAUACGAUACACAAGUGGAGGCGGAGACGGAAACGGAUACGCAGACGGUGGUGCAUGGGGAACAGCAUCGGAGCAGACGCUCAAUUAGCAGCCCACGGCAUGUGGAGACGCUUAUUGUUGCGGACGCAACGAUGUCCGCAUUUCACAAGGAUGUUGUCAGCUAUCUGCUGACCAUUAUGAAUAUGGUGUCCGCCCUCUACAAGGAUCCCAGCAUUGGCAAUGCCAUCGAGAUCGUUGUGGUGCGCAUCAUUGAGCUGCAGGAAAACGACACGGAGCCGGAGCUGAAUCUAACGCAGAAUGCCCAAAAGAAUUUGGAUCGUUUCUGCAGCUGGCAACACAAGCUCAACAAACUAAAUGAGAAUGAUCCGCAUCAUCAUGAUGUGGCCAUAUUGAUAACACGUAAAAAUAUUUGCGGCAACAAUUGCAUGACGUUGGGCCUGGCCAAUGUGGGUGGCAUGUGCAAGCCAAAGCAAUCGUGCAGCGUCAAUGAGGACAACGGCAUCAUGCUCUCCCACACAAUCACACACGAACUGGGCCACAACUUUGGAAUGUUCCAUGAUACGGCAAAAAUAGGCUGCCAUCCACGGGUGGGCCCCAUAGUGCACAUCAUGACGCCGACCUUUGGAGCGGAUACGCUGCAGGUUUGCUGGUCAAACUGCAGCCGGAAGUACAUCACCCACUUUCUAGACCAGGGAUUGGGUGAGUGUCUGGAUGAUCCGCCGACGCCGGCAAAUGAAUACAACUAUCCGGAGGCGCUGCCUGGCGAGCGAUACAAUGCGAAGCGGCAGUGCCGCAUGCAGUUUAAUCUGACCACGGAUAGCGAUGUGGGUGCCUGUUCGGCACCACACGAAUUCUGCUCGACGUUGUGGUGUCGCGUCAAUGGCGAGUGUGUCACCAAUAUGCGACCGACGGCGCCGGGCACCGCGUGCGGCAAGAACAAGUGGUGCCAGAACGGCAAAUGUGUUCGCAUGGAGGAACUAACGCCCAUCCAUGGCGGUUGGGGCAAUUGGAGCGAGUGGAGCGAAUGCUCGCGCAGCUGCGGCGGCGGUGUAUCCAUACAGCAGCGCGAAUGCGAUUCACCCGUGCCAGCAAAUGGUGGCGUCUUCUGCAUUGGCGAACGCAAGCGCUACAAGAUCUGCCGCAAGAAGCCAUGUCCAGAGCACGAGCCCAGCUUCCGGGCACAGCAGUGUGCCCGCUACGACAAUGUCAGCUAUCAGGGUGCCACCUACAAGUGGCUGCCCUUCUUCGAUAAGAACAAUCCGUGUCGACUGUUUUGCAGUGAUGUGGAUGACACGAUAAUUGCCAAUUGGGGCGAAACUGUGCUCGAUGGCACACCCUGUACGCUGGGCACCAACAACAUGUGCAUCGAUGGCAUCUGUAAGAAAGUUGGUUGCGAUUGGAUCGUUGACUCGGACGUGCAGGACGAUCGUUGCGGUGUCUGUGGCGGUACUGGUGAUCAAUGCAAGCCCAUAAGGGAGACAUACAGCGAACCCUUCAAUGUCAGCGAUGGCGUCUACGUGCAGAUUGUCAGCAUUCCGGCACGAGCACGCCACAUUGUGAUCGAGGAGUUGGCCAAUUCGCCGCACUUUCUGGCCAUUGGGCGUACGCAGGGCGAGAAAUUCUAUUUGAAUGGCGACAGUCUGAUCUCCAUGCCCGGCGAAUUUGAAAUCGCCGGCGCCGAGAGCCUCUACGAUCGGCUGGACGAGCAGGAGACCAUCAAAAUACCUCAGCCCAUACAGCAUUCCAUAGCGUUAUAUGCGAUCGUGCGCGGCAAUGAGAGCAACACGGGCAUCUCAUAUGAGUUCACGUUGCCCGCUUUUAAGGUGAGCGGUGGUCGGCAGCAUCAGUGGCGCCUGAGCAACUGGACCGGCUGUUCCGUUAGCUGCGGCGGCGGCGUGCAGCAUCGGGAGCCCAUCUGUCUGGAGAAUGGCAAGGUGAUUGCCGACAAACUGCCAUGCUGGGCGCAGGCGAAGAACAAGCGUCCGUUGCGCCAGACACGCUCCUGUGCGGAGCAACAGUGCCCGGCGCACUGGUGGCCCGGUCCCUGGCAAUUUUGUCCGCUCACCUGUCGGCAGCCGGGCGCUCCCCUGCCGCAGCGCCGUCGCUCCGUUGUCUGCCUCGAUCAGCACGAUGUUGUCGUCGCGGAUGCCCAGUGCGGUCUGCUCACAAGGCCACCCGAGGCGGAGCCAUGCGAGGCAACGUUGCCCGAGUGCCGGCUCAAGCUGUGAGGAAGUGAGCUCCAGUUACUGGACAUCGAAAACGGAAACUAUUUAUUGCUACUAAUUAAAAUGAAAGCUAAUUUAAGUGAGCAGCAAA